AUGCCCCUGUGUGGACCGAUGUGGACCCGUUUGGACUCUGUCUGGACCCCGUCUGGACCCCGUCUGGAGCCCGUCUGGAGCCCGUCUGGAGCCCGUCUGGAGCCCGUCUGGAGCCCGUCUGGAGCCCGUCUGGAGCCCGUCUGGAGCCCGUCUGGACCUGUAUACCGUUGGUCUCCUUCGAAGGGUUCACUUGUUGCUGAUUUUAACCCACCCACUGACAGCUGCCAUGGCAACCGAUCAUCGUUACAUCACCUUCCGGUCAUAACGGCUGCACCAGGGAUAAGAAUCAGUCACGGUUUCACCAUAAACGACAGCCACACAAACGCCCUCAGCAGGAGGCCAAACGGGCUGUCACUCCCCCGCCCCCGGGACCCUCCAGACCCCCAGCGGACCCCCAGCGGACCCCCAGCGGACCCCCAGCGGAUCAGAAGGGGAAGGAGCGGCACAAGAAAAGGACAAGACAAAGAUGUGAAAGAGGCUUUGUUGGUUCUCCUCAGAUACUGUUUCCCCUGCGUCUACUCGCCGCUCCACCCCGCUCCGCGCCGCUCCACCCCGCUCCGCGCCGCUCCACCCCGCGCCGCUCCACCCCGCUCCGCCCCGCUCCGCGCCGCUCCACCCCGCUCCGCACCUCGCACGCGGCAAAUAGUGCGCGUGCUUGUUCAGUACUCGUGGAUGGACCCGUCAACAUAUAACAAUAUUGUCCAGUAUCUAUCCAUUGGAAGCUACCCCGAAGGCUCUACUAAGAGUCAAAAAUAUUCUAUAAGGCGGCGGGCAGCGGACUUUGCAGUUGAUGAUGAAGUAUUGUAUUACUGCAAGGGAAGCAGUCAAUCAAAGAGAAAGGUUGUGACUGCAAAAGAGGAAGCACAACAAAUCUUCAGAGAGUUUCAUGCCAGUGCUUAUGGUGCCCACUGUGGCAUAGUUAAAACCAGAGAUGCUAUAAGCAGACGGUUUUACUGGCCAGGCAUGUCCAAAGACAUCGACAAGUGGGUCAGUCAAUGUGUGGAAUGCCAGAAAAGUGCACUGACAAUUAAGCAGGAGACAAAACCCAUCCCAAUUGAAGUGAGUCAACCAUUUGAAUUGGUUGGGAUGGACCUUAUAGGCAAGGUUGUGAAAACAGAGGCUGGGAAUGAGUAUAUUGCAGUCAUGAUUGACUAUUUUACUAAAUGGUCCGAAGCCUAUCCUCUGCCGUCCAAAACAGCAGCAGAUGUUGCCCAGUGUAUUUUAAAGUUUUUUUAUCGCUUUGGGGCCCCAAAGCGAAUCCUGACUGACCAGGGCAAAGAAUUUGUGAAUGAGUUGAACAAGGAGCUGUGCAAAAUGCUGAACAUUGAGCGCAGCCUUUGUGCUCCCUAUCAUCCGCAGACCAAUGGGCUGGUAGAAAAGCACAAUGGGACGAUUCAAAGAGCACUGUGCAAACUUGUGAGUGAGCGACCAGAAACUUGGGACACGUACUUGGAUCCUGUGAUGUUUGGGAUCAGAACCAAAAAACAGUCAACUACCAAGUUCUCACCAUACUUCCUCCUCUUUGGAAGAGAGGCUCGUCUGCCAUGUGAGGUUCCAGAGAACAUCCUGAUAUCCUGUGAUGUUUGUGGGAGGUGGUUUCACCAUGUGAGCUCUGGAUGUUCAGACACAUCAGCAGCUUUCAUUUGUGAAGCCUGUUGA